CCACCUAGACCUUAUUAACUUCAUUGUAUACAAUACAGUUUUUAAUUUGUUAUGAUUAUAUUUUAUUCGUUAUUUCAUAGCCGAAUGUUGACUCACAUAUUUUUUUACGUUUUGUUUUCAGGCGUGUUCUAUUCAGUUUGUGUUAAUAAAUAUUGCAAUUCAAAUUUGUGUUUGAAUAACCAACAUACCUUGUGUAAAUUUCAGACUCCAGGUCCAGCCGCUCGCUGCCUCGACUACGAGCUGACAGUAAAAAGCGACAAGGACAAACAGUUAAUCCUCGACAAGAUAAAUGCGCGACGCGAUAAAGUGGCAUCAGGCGAUAUCCGGUCAUUGCCCGCCGCCGAGGAUAUGUUUAAAAUGGAGUGGAAUGAAGAGCUGGCCGAAUCCGCCCAGCGCUGGGCUGACCAAUGCGUGUCUAAUAAAGACACUGGAGAAGUGGAAGAUGACUGUCGUGACAUAGAGGGCAUGCGAGUCGGACAAAACAUCGCCACAGUGUACGGUGAAGCACCAGGGUUGACACCGACGGCGCUUGUCGACGUGUGGUACUUACAACUGUUAAACGUGAACGCAAGCUUGCUAUCCAGAUAUCGCCCAUCAAGUGAAUCAGGGCCCUACAGUUACAAUCAAUUCACGCAACUAGUAUGGGCAGCUUCAUACCAAGUGGGGUGUGGAGGAGUGAAAUUCAAAGAGUAUUUCAAAGAUUCAGAGGAGAAAAAAAAUCGAGUGGUAUACAGAUUAGUAUGCAAUUUCGCUCCAUUAGGGAACCAAUUAAAUCAACCAGUUUAUUCAGCUGGGCAACCUGGCAAAUGUGACUAUGGUACCAGUGACACUUAUAAGGCAUUAUGUAAUUCUCAGCCAAUUAAUUUACAUGGAAACGAUAAUGCAGAUAUAGAUGAUUCUGAAUCUGACGAAGCUGAAUUCACAACAGAUAUUAUUAGUGUAGACGAAACCGCUGUAAUAAAUAAUCAAACAACAAAUUUUACUACAGAUGACCCAAAUAUGUACGGGGACGACAAUAUGACUUUUGAUUAUUUUUCACAUUUGUUUGAAUUAACAAAAGAACAUUUUUCGAGCAGUACUACUCCAGGGGUAUCUAAAUGUAAAAACGAAUUAGCAGUUGAUGAAAUUGUUAAAAUUGUAAAAAAUAAACUAAGUGAUGACCCAGCUUUGAAAGCUAUUCUUGCAACUACUGUACCUACUUCGUCUGGAAAUAUUCUUAAAGAUGAAAAAGUGGCUGACUUCGUAAAUAAUAUUUACAAAAAGGCGACAUCACCAACGAAACCCGAAACGAUCAGCACAGAUUAUGUUAAUUCAACAUUACUUGUUAAUCUGGUUGAAGCAGUUAUGUUCAGGCACACAGAUGGAAUAAAUGACCAAGUAACACAAGAAAUAUUGGGACCAUUUGUCAAUCCCAUUAAAGUACAAGCAGUUUCUGCAGUUAAAUCAAGUUAUGACUUUACUGGACAUUAUUUUUUUCCUGAAUACGAUGAAGAAGAAACAACCAAAAUAUUUAGGGAAACUGAUUACGAAAUUACUUAUAAAUCUUCGGAGCCAGAUGUUGUAAUGGAAAUUGAAGAAAUAAGAAAAAGCAGACCUACCCGAGAUUUUAUAGAAGAAAUACUUGAAACGGAACCAAUCAUAGAAACUACAACAAAAAUGAGAGCUCUUUCACCUGAUGACAUGAGGCUACAAACUAGUGGUUACAGCAAUAUGAGGAAUUUCCUAAAAGACAUUGCUGAAAAAUCUGAAAGUUUGAAUGAUAUGUCUAUAAGAAAAGAAACAAAUUUAUCUAAAAGGAAAAAACGAAGGAACAAAAAUAUUAAAAAACAUAAAUCUUUUGGGUUAGACUACGAUAUAAGUAUGAUGUCGAGAUUUUAUGGGCGCCCUAAUGGGAAACAUAUUUCAUUUCAUAGCAAACAGUCAUCAGUAAAACAUAACAGUGAAGUAGAAAGAUUUGUAUUAGAAUACAAUAAAAUUUUUCCCCGAAGUAAAUGUUUGACAUUGAUUCCUUUAGUAUCAAUGCUUGUAUUGCCUGUCGUAAAUUGUAUAUGUUAUGUUAUCAGAGACAAAUAAAAAAUCUCAGUUAUUA